AACAACGUGUUUAGAUCAAAGUCGUAAAGGCUCAUUGUCAAGUUUAAGUUGUAGGACCGUUCUGCAAUUUCUAGAAAUUUUUUGCAUUUAACAAUAAGUAGCUUUAUUAUAAUCACUCAAGAUGAACAACAUCGUGAAAGCGGCGGCGAGAAUCUCAUCAAUGAGGAGCAUUUUGAAUCCUGUGAGACAAUUAGUUGUGGCCGGCCCAAACGCCUCAACUAAUCUGUACACACGCACUUUGUGGCACAUGUGCUCAUCGUCAUCGGCAAAUAAUCAGAUGCUGAAGACCAAUAAUCACAGUCUUACCUGCUCCUGCUGCAACCACCAGAAAGUGCACACUAAAGCUGAAAAAGACUUGGUGGACUUUCUGACCGACGAAAUUUCUACAGAGAAAAAGACACAGAAGCAGCAGGGCAAUAUUCCCAAGGAACUGGAUGGCUUCAAGAUUGAAGCUGAAGGCUCGGAACUGGAGCUUUCCAAAGAAUCUGGAAAGGAAAGAAUUAAAAUUUACUUCAAUAUUAACCACACGGUGGACGCUGACGGAGGUUCUCACCAAGAAGAGCAUCAGGAAAUUUCUGAAAUGCGUUCCCAGCCUACCUUUGAGGUUGAGCUGAUCAGGGGUGAUGAAAUUUUGGGCCUAACUUGCUCAUUCCUUACUCCUGAUCAUCAAAAUCCAGAUGACGAGUACCAGGAUGUUUUCAGCAUUGAUGAAGUCACCAUGUACAAGGGAGAAUGGAAGGACGAAACCUACGCCGUCAGUGGAGAAAUUCUUGAUGGCAACCUGUAUGACCUGCUGAUGAAUCUGCUUGAAGAGAAGGGAGUUUCCAAUGAAUUUGCCCUUAAAUUGUCUGACUUUGCGACUAAGUACGAACACAACCAAUAUGUUGGCCUUCUUGAAAGGAUGCAGAAGUUUGUCAACUCCAAAUAGAACAUCUAUCUGCUAUAACGCAGUGUUUAGAUCAUGAUUGCCAAAUAAAAAAAAGUUAAAUAAGUAGAAUUAUA